AAAGGAUUGGAUAGAAAGUUUGUAGGAGUUUGUCCCUGAGCAGGCGUUCGUUCGUGCCUCCGGCACCUUAGAGGAGGUGAAGGAGCAAACCUCCUCCUCUUCCUCAGCCUCAGAGGAAGCGUUUCUUUCUGGGGUUUUUUGUUGCUCCUGCUGCAUCUCUUAGCUCCACGGCUUUGGUGGAGGUUGUGCUGUUUUGCCCGGACCCCGGUCCCCUCCUGGGAGGGUGGGUCCCCGUCGGCUCCAUGCUGCUUUUGUCUCCCAGACUGAAGCCGGCCUGCUAUCCGCGCGUUAGCCAGCGCGGGGGGGCUGGUCAGCCUGCAGCGGGGAGGGUUGGCCUGCAGCCGUGAUCGCUCGGUCAGCUGCACGUCUGCUUUCUGUGAGCUCGAAGGAAAAAGGAAUCGGAAGCUCCCCCCCAUUUUUAUUUCAUUUUUUUGUUGCUCCGCUCGCGCUCCUGACGCUAAUUACUCCGCGUUCUGACCCCCCCUCCUCGGAAGGACCCCGGAUCGCCGCGCGGAGGGACGAUCAUGGAUCUAAGUAAAAUUGCUGUCAGCAUCAAUAAGGCCAUCAACACACAGGAGGUCGCCGUCAAAGAGAAACACGCCAGGACUUGCAUUUUGGGGACCCAUCAUGAAAAAGGUGCCCACACGUUCUGGGCCGUGGUCCACCGCCUUCCUCUGUCCAGCAACGCGGUGCUCUGCUGGAAGUUCUGCCACGUCUUCCACAAGCUGCUGCGCGACGGACACCCCAACGUGAUAAAGGACUCCAUGAGGAACAAAGCAGAUCUGACUGAUAUGAGCAGGAUGUGGGGUCACCUGAGUGAAGGCUAUGGGAAGCUGUGCAGCAUCUACCUCAAACUGCUCAUCACCAAAAUAGAAUUUCACAUCAAAAAUCCCCGUUUCCCCGGCAACCUCCAGAUGUCAAACAGGCAGCUGGACGAGGUGGGGGAGAACGACGUUAACAACUUCUUCCAGUUGACUGUAGAGAUGUUCGACUAUUUGGAGUGCGAGCUCAACCUCUUUCUGGCUGUUUUCAGCUCCCUGGACAUGUCGCGGUCGGUGUCGGUGACUGCAGCCGGACAGUGUCGCCUGGCCCCCCUCAUCCAAGUCAUCCUAGACUGCAGCCAUCUGUACGAUUACACCGUCAAGCUGCUGUUUAAGCUGCACUCCUGCCUUCCAGCAGACACUCUCCAGGGCCACAGAGAUCGCUUCCAGGAGCAGUUCAAGAAGCUAAAGAGUCUGUUCUAUCGCUCCAGUAACCUGCAGUAUUUCAAGAGGCUAAUUCAGAUCCCACAACUGCCUGAGAACCCUCCAAACUUCCUGCGUGCUUCAGCUCUGUCGGAGCACAUCAGCCCAGUGGUGGUGAUCCCCGCUGAGUCGUCGUCGCCCGAGUCGGAGCACGUGGUGGAAACGGACGACCUGGUGGACACGGACAUCCCCGUUCUGCCGGCUCCCGCAGAGACCAAGUUUGACGACCUGUUUGGCACCUCAGCAGCUAUCGAUCCCUUCAACUUCACCAGCCAGAACGGCAUGCGCAAGGACGACAAAGACCGACUGAUCGAGCAGCUGACCAGGGAGAUCCAGGCUCUUAAGGAGGAGCUGGAGUCAUUUCGGCUGGAGAGCGGACGCCUUUGCCAAGCGCUAAGGGGGCGUGUCAGUGAGCUGGAGGCGGAGCUCGCCGAGCAGAGCCACCUGAGGAUGCAAGCGGUUGGAGAGAGCGAGUUCCUGAAAGCAGAGCUGGACGACGUGCGUAGGGUCCGGGAGUACACGGAGAAGGAGCAGAGAAGUCUGACCGAGAUUGAGAAAAAGGCUCAGGCCAACGAGCAGCGCUACACCAAACUGAAGGAGAAGUACACAGAGCUGGUUCAGAGUCACGCAGACCUGCUGAGGAAGAACGCAGAGGUGACCCGACAGAUGACUGUCGCUCGGGCCGCGCAGGAUGAAGUGGAGGUGUUGAAGAAGGAGAUGCAGGAGAAGGUGAAGGCUGUGCAGGAUGUGGCAGACAGGCAGGAAAGGGAACAGCAACGACAGCUUGAAGACAUCCAGAAAGAGCUGGUGUGCACCCGGGAAGAGCUGGAUACCUUGAAAUCCUCCGUGACCUCAUCUCAGCAGUCCAGAGAGGCGCUUAGCUCCCAGAUGGCAGCUCUGGAGUCGGAGAAAGCCGAGCUGGUGCAGUCAAUGUCGAAGGUGGAGGCAGAGCUGGAGGCCCAGAGACAGGAGCUGCAGCGAGCCCAGAGCUCACUGGCGACUGAGAGAGAGAGUGGGGUGAAAGCCGCAGAGGCCCUCCAGAAUCAGCUCAACGAGAAGGAAAGCAGGGAGCAAGCGCUGGAGAGCCAGCUGGUGGCGGCUCGCUGGUCAAGCCUGCGAGGCGCAGUGGAGGAGGCAGAGAAGAUCGUUCAGGACUCCCUGUCUCAGAUAGACGACCCGGCUCACAUCAGCUGCACCAGCUCUGCAGACUACCUGGCAUCCAGGUGUCAAGCCUCUUUGGAUUCACUGGACCAUUUGAAUUCUUCCAUAAAGACCUUCAUGGAUGACAACUCAGCCGUGUUGGAACUAGUGCGAGCAGUUACACGGAGUGGCCACCUGGUGGGCGAAACCAUUGUCCAGGGCAGUGCCACCUCUCACAUGGUGCCUGUGGAGAAAUCUGAUGCCCUUUUGGAGACGGUGAAGACGUGCGGCGCAGAAGUUCUGCUCAUGCUAGGACAGAUGAAGCAGCAGGACCACCUGGCAGCAGCGGACAGCACCAAGCUAAGAGUUGCUCUGGAGGCCAUCCUGGCCACAGCAGAGAAACUGCGCCCUCGGGGUUUGGAGCUGCAGCAGGGGGAGCUGGGAGAUCUUGUAGAGCAGGAAAUGGCUGCCACUUCCGCCGCGGUGGAGUCGGCGGCGUCCAGGAUAGAGGAAAUGCUGAACAAAUCUCGAGCCGUCGAUACAGGAGUCAAGAUGGAAGUCAACGAGAGGAUUCUGGCCUCCUGCACUGAGCUGAUGGAGGCGAUUAAAGCUCUUGUUUUGUCCUCCAAAGAUCUUCAGAGGGACAUUGUGGAGAGUGGCAGGGGGGCAGCCUCUAUGAAGGAAUUUUAUGCUAAGAACUCCCGCUGGACAGAGGGUCUGAUCUCCGCCUCCAAAGCCGUAGGAUGGGGCGCCACAGUCUUGGUCGAUGCGGCUGACCUGGUGGUGCAGGGCAAAGGGAAGUUUGAGGAGCUGAUGGUGUGCUCGCAUGAGAUAGCCGCCAGCACAGCGCAGCUUGUUGCUGCUUCCAAGGUAAAAGCCGACAAGGACAGCACCAACCUGCAGCGCCUGCAGCGAGCGUCCCGGGGCGUCACGCAGGCCACAGCAGUGGUGGUGGCUUCCACCAAGUCUGGGAAGUCCCAGAUAGAGGAUACAGAAACGAUGGAUUUUUCCAGCAUGACUCUUACCCAGAUCAAACGACAAGAGAUGGACGCUCAGGUUCUGGUUCUGGAGUUGGAGACGCGUCUGCAGAAGGAGCGUGAGCGUCUCGGCGAGUUGAGGAAGAAGCAUUACGAGUUGGCGGGGGUCGCAGAGGGCUGGGGCGGAGACGACGAGGGUACAGGCUGAGACCCCUCAACGCCGUCGUCCCACCUCCCUCCACCACCGGAACCGGCUUCUGUCCGCCUUGAACUAUUGAUGGACGCACUAUCUGUCUUUCUCCUCCUUUUGUUUGACCCUUUGUUUUCUAAGCCAAAUGAAAAGGUGCUCUUUUUUAAAAAAAAAUCUGCUUGUCCACACGAGAAAGACGGAUGUGAAGUUCAGAUGAAAGCUACAACCCAUCUUCACUGGCUCACACCCCUCCAGGAAGAAAAAACGGGCCGCUUUGGUCUUGGUCUCAGCAGCACCGUCAAAAGCCUCCUCCCAGGAUGCAGCUGAGACUGCUGCCCCUCCAUGUCUCUGUGGAAGCCGAAGGUUUGGUUCCUCGGCUGACGUUUCUUCCUGUUCUCCUCUCACUGUGAGCGACCACCUCAUGGAGUCCACGCCGCUUUACAGGCGGGGCUCCCUGCCUUUCACGUCCUCAUCGUUGUAAUGACCGGGACUGUUAACCAAUCCAUUUGUUCCUGAACUUCAACAGGCGGACUCUCCUCAGCUCCCUCCACACAGAGAACACUAAUCAUUUUUUAGAACUUCCCCUUUCUAAAGGUUUAAUGAUGAAGCGGAGCAUCUUUUAAUUUAAAUGUUUUACGUUCUGCCGCCUUACUUUUCAGUACAAGUUGAAGUCUCACCUGCUUCCAGGGUCUUUAAAAAGGAGCACAAAAAGCAAACGUGCCCCAAUUUUUAAUAAAAAUUUUUAGAUCAUAUUUGACUGAGACUUAAAGAAAAAAAAGAAGUUUUCUCUGCACAAAAAAAAAGGUUGAGCUGUUUUGGUUUUUCACGGACUCUGACGUGUUUCUAGACCAAGUAGCUGUGUGUUCAACUCCAAGCCUUCUUUUGGUUUCUUAUCAUCUCAAAGUGAGGACACGACCCCCUUCCCCGCCCCAAUGGGGAAGCCCACGGCUCCUCUCUACCUGUAGCGGGGAGGGGGCGGGGUUUAAACCGGAGCUGGAAACCCGCCGCAGUCCGGCGUUGUCUUUUCUGUCUCACAUCACAUUUCUGCUGCUCGAGUAUUAUCUACAGUUAUUUGUUUUUUGUAUUCAACGAAGAUUUCUGCUGUUUUGGUGUCGACGGUUAACUCAUUUCAUCAGAAAGUUUUAUAUAAGAGAAAAGCUACUGGGAGUGGAGUUUCAAGUGUCUUUGAGUGAGGAAAUGGACAAAGUUUGGUUUUAUUUCUGCCUCUUUAUUAACCUCUUUGUCUGUGUAGUGGUGUCAGCGCAGCCAGCCUUCCAAACUGCCUCACACUGUAGUCAAAUGAAUUACUCACAUAGCCACAUUGAACCAUGUCUAUGAAUGAUGUUCUACUAAAACCAUGUCGGUGGGUUUGUUGGUUGUUUUUCCAGUUUUUUGAAAUAAAUAUUUCCGCUCAUUAAUGCAGAA